AACUUAUUAGACAAACUAACCGCAAUCAAGCUGCAAUACCGCCGACGCAUCAAUACACAUUGACCGUUGUGACGAAAGAUUUGCUGACUCGACUGACUUAAAUUCAACGCUACAGUGAUCUUCAUACUGAAACAUAGUUUGUCCUAAUUAUUGACGAAAACUUCUUUACGACUUUUAAUAAAUUAAAAGAGUUUACAUUAAAGUUUUUCUCUUAGUUAAAAUUUGGAUAAUAAUUUAUGUUAGCGAGAAGAGCCGCACAAAAAGUCUGGCGAGCCGCGGUGUGCCCACCCCUGACCUAUUCUAUCAACAUUAUACCUUUGAUUGGUUGAAAUCAUAGCAUCUGAAACAACUAAUUAACCAACUAAUCCUGGACCAAACAUGGACUGGUUACCAUACGAACGGCUGUGGUUCGUCAUAUGAUUGAACUGCCUUAUCGCCUUCCCUCUCCUCCGGGAUAAUUAUGUACCGUAAAUCCAAUCAAUCCCAUCAUUCUCACAAAUUAUUAUAAAAAUCCAAUGCUACUCUAAAAAUUCAGCAUAUUUCCUUUUUUUUAAUUCGCAAAUUUUAAUUUCUUAGAACAGAAUUUCUAGAAUAAAUAUAAUUUUGAAUCCCGAUUGGUGUCAAAUCUCACAACUUUUCUAUUAUGAAUCACAAAUGGCUUCAGAAACUCAAGCAGCUACUAACAAAGUGAAAAACCAUUUGCGUGUGAAGGGUGUAAAACUAUGGCUUCCUCCUUACACAAAAGAAAAUGGAGAGAUUGAAGCAGAUGCCAUGAAAACACUGGCUUUGGAAUUUAGUAAGGAAAUUAAAAUUCCAGAAAAUAUUGUCGUCAUAUGCUUGAAUGAACUCUGGCACCACACAGUAGAAAGAUUGCGUCAAAAUGAGAAUUAUAAAACGAAUAAAAUUGCGACAUUGAAACUCAAACAAUCAUCAACCGAAAAAGUGGAGUUUGAAAUUGUUGAAACAAAUUUGAAUGUCUCUGGGGGGGAACUAAAAAAAUUAGUCACAGAAAAAUUGAAGCUUUCAGAAGAUGUGAAACUCAUUUGUGGAGGUCGCGUGAUUCAGAAAGAUUCCUCACUCGAAUCACAACAUGUAAAGCACAACAGUGUUAUACUGUGUCUUGUAAUCGCCCAAUCAGCUCGCAAAGAGUCAUCAGAGGUCGAACAAGCAUUGAAAGCAGUCAAGCGUGCAAGAAAAGGGGCGGAGUUAUUGGCGGAGAUGGGUGCAGAAUCGAGCGAUAUGUCAGGGGCUUAUGAUGUUCAAAUAGCAGAUCAGAAAGGGCAAGCGUUAGAUUUACCAGAAGAAGAAAAACGUUCGCUCACAAUAGCUCUCGGACUACAUGAAAAAGGUCGUGCAAUAUUACAGCGUAAAAACUAUGAACUUGCUUUAUUACUUCUGCUAGAGGCCGAUAAAGAGUUCCGAGAAUGUCGUGCGGAAAUUUUAACGAUGGUCGAUAACUAUGCAGUGCUCUGUUUGGACAUCGUGUGGUGUUAUGUUUGCACAAAAAAUAUAUCCGCUCUUCCCGACGCGAAAUUAAGACUUAAAGAAUGUGAAAGCGCUUUUAAUAAAAGUUAUGGAGACUCAUUACAAAGACUGCUUGCAGUGAAGGGUUCUUCCGGAAAUGAAAUUGCACUUUUUGUUCGCUUGUAUUUACUCCAAGGAGUAGUUUUUUAUCACGAAGGACAAUACAAGGAGUCGAAUAGAUUAUUAGACAAAGCUCAAGGGUAUGCAAAGAUGGUUGUCACUGAUCAAGAUAAAGUAACGGAGUUGAUGACAAUGGGAUUGGCCGAGAGGGAGGCAAGGAGAGCAUUGAGGGCGAACAUGAUGGAUGUAAAACUGGCAACCCAGUGGGCUUUCAAACAACGAGAAGAACAUAAAGAAAUAAAGAAACAAGAGAGAGAGAAGAAAAGGAAAAAGGCAUUGCAAAAAAAAUUUGGGACGUGUGCCAACGAAGACCCAAUUAAUAUUGACACUUAUGAGCAACUCGUGUCACAGUUGGGGUUCGAACCCGCGUUAGUUGUUGAAGCACUGAAGCAUGCUAACAAUGAUGUGGGUGGGGCUAUAGAAAUGAUUGACAGUAAUCCUGACCAAUUACGUGAAGCUGUUCGAAUGAAUGCAGAAGAAAAUAAGAAAAAAAAUAAAAAGAGUGCGCUUCAACAGCUGAAAUCCAUGGGAUUUGAUGAAGGAGUCGCAAAAGCUUGUCUGGAACAUUUCUCUGGUGAACUAGAGGAAGCUGCUUCAUAUCUUGCUGAACAUUUAGGAGAAAUUCCCUCAGAAUGGAUCAGUUCCAUCAGCAGCGCUUUGGAAGACACAGACACUGCAAGUUCAUCUCGGAAACUGACGGAAGACGAAGAAGCAAUGGUGCAUGACGUCGCAGGUGAUGUCACGAAGCACACUGACGAAUAUCUCGAUAUCUCUUUGUCCGAGGAGUUAGAACUUAUUGUGCAAUAUCUGACAAUGAUCGAGUCAGUUUCUGGAAAAUAGGAAUUUUUCAAGUCUGGGUGUUGGAAAAAUUUAAUUUGAAUAAGAAUAUAUUUUAAUUUUAUUCUAUAAAUAUCUGUUUAAAAAAAAUUAAAUAAUUGAAUUUAUCUAUUCAGUUUUUUUUUAUGUUUCCAUUGUAUUGAUGCUGCCUUAAUGCGUGCUUUUUUGUAUUUCUGAUGUGUCUGACAAAAGUUUCGUUUAGUUACCGAACUAUUGACUUUCUUACUGACAUUGCUCCCAAUAUUGUUGAGUAUUUUAAGGGUCCGAAUAUCCGUCUUAUUUUGUAUAUGGCACUGUCUAAACUGCCUUUUUAUUGUUAUAAAAGCAUCUCCAACAAAUAACCUGUUCUUGUUUGAGGGAUUGCUCGCAGUUAGCAAUAAAUCCAUCUCAUCUA